GUCCACUCGAGAAACCCUUACCAUCAUGGAAUCUGAUGAAAGCGUCUCAAGAUUUGCCGAAAAAAGUAAGCACGUGAGACGAGUUGAUCUUCUAAACAAUAACACAAAGAUAUAUAUGCGCAUACACAUUGUAUGUGCAGUUGUAACGAAAAGAAAUGUCAAAACUUUCUAUCUGUUGGCAAACACAGAUGAAGCGAGUGAAAUUUGCAAACGGGAGAGACGUACUCGCGACAGGACCGAUCGCGGAAAAAUCAUCGUCGUGGUAUCAGCGGCAGAAACAAAACCACCCGCUUCUAAUAAGAAAUUGAAGAAGAAGAUCGACGAUGACGUUAGUCUCUGCAACGUUACUUCCUCUGUACAUUCUGUACGGAUGAAGGAUUCUGUGGAUGAAGACGGCAAGGAAAACACGGGGGAAAAGCGCAUUCCCAGCGAGUCAAAGCUAUCGCGUGGCAACUGCGAGACGGACAAGAUUUUUCCGCAGCAACAGCAGCGGACGCGGGCGAAUCGAUCGCCUAGACGCGAAAGCGCUGCUAUUCCAACGUUGUUAUGCAUCGACGAUAGACUCGUGGAUGCGGCAGCGACUGGAGUCAAGCCCAAGAUCCCGAGACCGGCGAACGCCUUUAUGCUCUUCGCUAAUGAAUGGCGAAGGAAACUUGCCGCCGAGAAUCCUCGCGAAUCCAACAAGGAUAUCAGUGUUAGGCUAGUUGUUCAAAAGCAGAGUUUAUCGAGUUUACUGUACUUUUUAUUUUUUUCUUUUUUAUUUUUUGUGAUACGUGGUGUCGCAUGUUUUGUAGAUUAAAAUUGUUGAAAAAUUCAAGAAUUACAUCUUAAGAAAUAGUGCUUCCUUUUCUAUUAUUUUAGGUUAGGCAUCUUCUGGAAAAACAUGUCAAAGGACGUGAAAGAAAAGUACUUUGCACUGGCGCGUGAGGUGGACAAGGAACAUAAGAGAAAAUAUCCCGGUAUGAGUUUUGUAAUAACAUAUUUUCUUUUAACAUUACGCUAUUUUGUUUACACGCAUCGGGCAAAUCAUCAAAGUUUCCUCCGAUUUAUCGGACAUGUAUAAUGUUAUAUGACGCGCGUUCCGCACAAGCUACUGCACCCUCGGAAUGCGUCGCGACCUAUCGAAAGACAGGUCGCCCAAAUCGAAAAUCCUAUCACACUCUCACGCGUCGUGUGAAACGACGAAAGUUUCGACGAAACUGUCGAAGCGUGUUCUAUAAAUAGCUAUGAAUUAGAUAAUAUCGAUCGCCAGUGAUAAGCUGCGACCCGCGUUAUCAGCCGAGGAAAAACGAGAAGCUUUCUCGUCGGAACCUGACCAUCUUACCGGACCAAUUUAUAGCGUAAUGUCGUUCGAAAAGAGAACUAGCAAAUACUUUCUAUUUCGGUAUCACUGAUUAAUCAUUACUAUUAUACGACGAUUAAUCGAGCGUUUUUAUAGUUUACGUGCAAAGUCGCGAAUUGAAAUUGAAGGUUUUUGCAAUUGCUUGAAAUCCCUUGAUCGAGACAUACGUGUUCCAAGUGGGUAGACAAAAUUUAUCUCGAGAGGAAAUGAGAGAAAUCGAGAAUCGGUGUUCCGCGAAACCGCGAUUUUAGGUCGCUGAUGACGGCGACGGCGACGACGAGGGUGAGCGAUUCUCGCGGGGCAACAGAGGAAGGGACGCGGGAGGAUGCGAGUUUUGCGGGUCGAGGUACAUGGUGGCGAGAGGAGAGAAAUAUUCUCGGGUGAGUGACGCGGAGAGAACGCGCGCGCGGGUGGGAACGGUGGAGAGAGAGACCAGAGGUAUUGAUUGCGACGCGGGCUCUAGGAACCUGCCCGAUACACGACCGCCGGCUCUGCCUCUACCUACUACCUACACCUACCGAAGCCGAGCGAGCAAACGCGCGAUUAUGCUUCGUAUAUCCCGCGUUGCUGCCGAGCAUUCGUGCGCGAGAGUAACAUCGCACGCCCGGCCGCGAGUGCAUACGGACCUAAUGCCCAUCACUCUAGUGUCUCGCCUCUGACUUUUGCGUAUUUCUCGCUUUUUCUCCAUUCCUAUAAUUGUGCGUAUAAUUGUCAUUUUUUCCAUUCGAAUUAUAUUCGUCUGAAUAUCGAAAUUGCAGUCUGCUCAACGAAAUCUUUUGCAUCAAAAGGUCUUACGAAGGAAGAAGAGGCGGAGGAGGAGGAGGAGGGGGAACACACUUUUGGCGCGGUUUCAAAUGUUUUCAGAUAUAUUUGAUAUUUUUAUUGAGGUUUUCCCAUUUCUAUAAUAUCAAAAUGUCUUUUUCAACCGGUAAAAACGGUUGCCAAAGUUGCGAAAAAGACAGUUUAAAUGGCAAAUUUUUCAUACUGAUUUUACGUAGCCGUGUCGCUGGACACGGAUAGUAAAGAUAGUUAACCCGUCAGAUCGAUACGUAUUAUUUUUGUCCGUAUCUCUCGUAACCAGCAGUGUUCAGAACACGGAUCCUUUUUUCUUUGAGCAGACCGUAGAUUGUCCUUGUUAUUCUCGCAACUUUGCUUUUUAUGUUCAUCAUAUCCGCAUCGUGUUCAUGGUAUGACAAUUGAUAUUUGUUGCAUCCUGCAACAGUUUGAGCUUCUUUGCAGCGUAAGCCAAGAGAGUAUAUAUGAGUAUAAGAAAUGACGUAUGUAGCAUGAAAGAACCAUGCGUGUAAUAAUGACAUUUCUCAUACAUAUAGUAAUAUAACAUCAAAUUUCAUGAUGUGUAAUUCCCGUAUAUUAUAUUUGAACAUUUAAUCGUAUCUCGGCUCACUCGCAACAAGCACGGCGCAAUUUUGCCCGUCCUCGUUUCCAACCGUCUGCCGAUAAUGUAAUCGAUGCCAAUUUCAGUCGGGCCGGGCGUCCCGAGUGGUCAAUUAAGAUCACCGAGAAGCGGCAAGACCACAUCGAUGUGUCCUGCGCCGUCGAGCAUCGACGACGCGUCGACCGAAUUCACGUGCAUCUGCGCGCGUGCGAGGGAUAGCUGAUGGAGGGUUAAAAGGCCGAAAGGGGGUGGCGCUCAGUAGGUCGCGCCGAGAGAAGCCGUCAAAAUGUCGAGGCCCGUGCAUCCAGGCAGCCACGACGACGAGCCGAUGGUACGCGGAGGAGUGUCGCGCGGCGUGCACCGAGCUGAUCGCCGGUCAUCGAUCCACUGACGUGCCAAUGUGAGAGAGAGAGAUAUAUGAGAGGAAAAGAGAAAGAGUGAAGGUACGAAGAGAGAGAAAUGGUGGCUCGCCGAUGCACAGGAUCGCCUUUGGUAUGGGCGGAUCAGCAGAUAAUGAGAGAAUAUUUAAUCGGCGACGGAAGCGAUCAAAUUAAUCGGUCACCCAUACACACACGCGCGCGCGCGCCAACAGGAUAGCGGAUAUCGUGAUGCGUUUCUCAUUAGAAGCAUGACCACUUUGUCGCGCAUUGGUAAGCGCGCAGUAAAAAUAAAAAUUUUAACGAAUCGUGUGUCGUUUUUCACGAGCAAACGCAGACAUUGAGCAUCCAAAAAAUGUACUCGUCGAAACAUUUGCUUCCCUAAUGUGAUAUAGCUUGUUCACCAAGCAAUCGACUUGAUCUCCUUUGACCUUUCGGAAUUCUCUAUACUGGUCUGAGCAUCAUCUGUCAGGAUGCACUCGCAAAUCCAAUGACCGGCGUAUGAAUACGAAAAACAGAGGGAGAGAGGGAGAAAGGGGGGGGAGAGAGAGAGAGAGAGAGAGAGAGAGACGAAUUAUCGACUCGAGGCGAACGCCGCUCGCGGAACUGCGUCGAUGCGAGAACGUUGCACGAGGGCUCCAGCUUGAAGCCGUUGAAGAAGGCAACAACCGUGGACGGAAAGAGGAGAAUACUGCCCCGGCGCGUCUCUUUUUCUCCACUUCUUUCUCCUCUAUCCCUCUUCUACAUCUCUUCUCAGUGACGGAAUUACAGUUUCAAGCGCCCUAAACGAAAUGACAUUGUACGUUACAACGAUCUCGUGCGAUGUAUAAUUUGAAAGAGUUUUCUAAUCAUUAUUGAAACGAUGGAAAUUUCUUUUUGUAGAUCGUUGUAUAUUAUUCGCAGCCAUUCAUCUGACAUUUGAAUAUUAAUGAAUGUAACAUUUACACAAAUACAACAUUUACACAGCUAAAAAGAUGCAGAAAAUAGGAUUGUUCGACAAUCGAGAUCUUGAGAGCGAGCGCUCAUCGGUAAAUUCGUUACUGCCUCCUUCACUUUUACCCGCGUCCCUACGUCCUCGCGACGCCCGCGAGAAGGUGUGGGGAAAGGCGCCCUCCAUGCUCGUCCACCCCCUUUCGCGCCGACUCGUCGAUGACGAAACGCACGUAAAUUCGUCGCGGCGCCGUCGCCACUGCCGCCGGGUGAAAUCAGUGCGAUCGGAGUGCACCGCAAGGGAAGAACGCGGGUCUCCCGUGUGCGGCCCGCCGUUCCCGCUUGCGGCACGCGCGCGCGCGCGUCCGCCCGCCUGUUCGUUCGUUCCUACGUUUUUUCGUGUCGUUAUCCUCUCCAUGCGAGUAUAACAGCCAAGUGACAGUGGGAAACGGACGAAUAAAUAGGUCGUUGUGCGUGAUAUGCUCCGAAAUGCGAAACAGAAAUCGCUGCAAUUCCGCGAAUUAUUACGCGAAAUGCUUCGAAACUAAAACGGAAAGUGCAAUCGUGUUCGUUAUAGCAAAUGCACCAGAGCGAGCGUACUAAAUUGUUUGUGAUAAUAGCGUAGAUCAAUGCAUCGUGAGAUAAACGACCAAGCAAGAGAAACGUGCUUCUCAUUGAGUCCCUCAUUGAGAUCUUCCAUUACGAUCGUUUAGCGAAAAGAGAUGCGCGGCCUGGGACACCAGCUGGGAGGAAAGAAACAUCGUACGGAAAUAAAACGGAAGAAUCGCCUGGAACUGUCUGAUCGAUGCGUCGCGUGGUCGCUGGCUCGAGUAAUUAAUUAAUUAAGAGCGAACAGCAAAUUAGAGCAAGCGUGCAAACGGAGAGGAAUCGGAAAGAGUUACCUGACGAUUUUACGUCCAAUCUCGUCGUCGAAUUUCGCCCGCAGGAGCGAAGAUUAAUAUCUCGCGAAAAGAGAUCCAUCGACUGAAA